AUGCCUAGGUCAUUUCUUGUGAAGAAAGUGAAAUGCGACGAUGACAAAUCUAUGCACGGUCAUUACUGGUCCAAGGAGAUAUAUGAGGAUGAUGUGGACAGUGUCCGAGCAGUGGCCCCAUUCACACCUAGUACACACCCGUUGGCAGUGCGUGUCAAUAAUGGGUAUAUAAGCGACCUGAUUGUGCCGUCACUUCCAGUGAAUGCAUCUGUUGCUGAGAGUGAAGAGAAACCGCAGCCUCCAGCUGCCCAUGUAGAGAUCCAGUUUGAGGAUGUGCGAGAUGAAGAAUGUCCAGUUCUUGACCUCAGCCCCGAUCGGAACAAAACCAACAUUGAACAAAUGGGGAGGGGCGUUACCAUUGGUUAUACAUAUGACGCGUUUUUCAUCAGUGACGGACGUUCUCGACGUAAAAAUGCAUUCGGUAUUCCGGAGAAAGUCUCCAAGCAACGCUACACGUGCAAUGAGUGCGGGAAAGAUUACGCAACCUCUUCCAACCUUUCCCGCCACAAGCAGACACACAGGAGUCUAGACAGCCAACUGGCCAAGAAGUGUCCCUAUUGUGACAAAGUAUACGUCAGCAUGCCUGCUUUGUCCAUGCAUAUUUUAACGCAUGAACUCAAACAUCGUUGCGAUAUAUGCGGUAAGAGUUUCUCAAGGCCGUGGUUGUUGCAUGGGCACAAACGAUCUCAUACUGGAGAGAAGCCAUACGGAUGCGCUCAUUGUGGAAAAGCAUUUGCUGACCGAUCCAACCUUCGUGCACAUAUGCAAACUCAUUCGGCUUUUAAACAUUAUACCUGUAAAAGAUGCAACAAAUCGUUCGCCUUAAAAUCAUACCUUAACAAACAUUACGAAUCGGCGUGUAUAAAGGAUGGUUCAGAGUCUUCGUUAGAUAUGCUGAAAGGAAGUAUCUCUCCCUCCGAGAGUUUGAACUUUUCAUAA